AUACUUUGCAUCUUGCAUCUCCAGCAGAGAACUGUCAUCUGUCAUUGGAGCCAAACUGGCAUCGUAAAUGGACGGGAAAGCGACUUCUAACAAUUCUUCGGCUUAUCGCCGUGCCAACUUAAAAAUUGCACCUGGUGCAGUAGUGUGCGAAGAAAGUAUUCUGAAAGGAGACAUUUCCAUCGGUGCAAAAACUAUAAUCCAUCCUAGGGCAUGCAUUCUAGCGGAAGCUGGUCCAAUUAUCAUAGGAGAAGGCAAUAUAAUAGAAGAAAUGGCAACUAUAGCUAACAGAUCACCUCCUGAUGCUCCGGAAUCUGUAACAGUACCAGUGCAGAUAAUAGGAAAUUACAAUGUCUUUGAGACUGAUUGUACGUGUGAAUCAUUCAAAGUUGGAGAUAACAAUAUUUUAGAAGCAAAAGCGCACGUAGGUCGAGAAAUCGAAUUAACCAAUGGAUGCGUAAUUGGAGCUGCAUGCUCUUUGACUGAACGAGAAAUUGUACCCGAAAAUAUGAUAGUAUAUGGAAGUCAGUGUCAACGUAGAGAAAUGAAUGACAAACCAUACCCUCAGAUUGGACAGUUGGAUUUUCUGCUUAAAGUGCUCCCGAACUAUCAUCAUUUUCGCAAGUCGAAUAUGAAGCCGAAGCCUGGAACUAACAAUAUGUAAUAUUCAAUUUUGUAUAAUAAUAAAACGAGAGAAAGCGCGCGAGAGAGUAUAACUUUUGCAUCAAUUUUAUUAUAUUUAUUGAAUAUACUUUAUGUUCUUGAUUAUUAAGAGAGAAGGGGAAAGAAACGAAAUUAGAUAUUUAUUUAUAAAUGCUACAUAAUCUUUUAUAAUUGUUUAUUAUUAUAAAUAUAAAAUAUAAGUAUUUUAGCGAACUUUGUAGAAAAUUAGAUAUAUGUUAUAAUAUAA